AUGAACCGUACACUGCGAUUCACGCGAGUCGCACCCCGCCAGCCCACCUUCUCGCUUCUUGUACGACCACAUAUUGCUCGACAGCAGCCCCUCCGCACAAGAUGGCAGGCCAUAGAAGCGGUCCGGAGAAAUUCCGGACUGUCUGCUCCUUCGUCUUCUGCUCGGGAUGAGAAUCUAGCCGAAUUAUCAAAGUAUCCAAUCUCUACUCCAUCGGCAUCAGUGUCGCCACGAUCGGAUCCCACGGAACCUAUAACUUUGGAUGCGACGUAUGCUUCUGUUACAAAGGCUUCCAACUUGGAAAAGCCUAAAGCACGAUUCAAUGAAAUCAAGGUUCAACAUAUCAGCGACCAGCUCCACCGACAAAUCUUCGGGAACAAUACCGCACAACCGGUCGACGAACAGUUAGUAGACCUAGCGAAGAAACAUCUCGAUAUACAUGACCUGCUCGGGAAACAAUCGGCACCCACCGAGCCUAUCGGCUUUGAGAUGCCGAAACUAGUCGGAGAAUCUCUUGACGAACAUUUCUUCAAACUAGGCUCUUAUACCGGAGACCCAUGGCUAGGUUAUGCUAGGAAAUUUGCACAGUCCAAUAUUCCGCUUCCUCCUUCUCAAUGGAAUACAAAAACGAGUGGAUGGACCAAGUACGGACGGAAUGGAGACGUUAUAGCCGUCAACUGCGACCCCCCUCAAGACGAAAUGCUGUGCUUCGACGUCGAGGUUCUUUACAAAGUCAGUCCCUAUGCUGUACUAGCCUGUGCAGCAAGCCCGACGGCUUGGUACAGUUGGAUAUCGCCAUGGGUACUAGGGGAGUCGACCGACAACAAGCAGUUGAUAUCCCUAGGAGACCCGUCGAAAAAACGGAUAGUAGUCGGCCACAACGUCAGCUACGACCGUGCGAGAAUCGCAGAAGAAUAUAACCUCAAACAAACCGGUACCUUCUUCCUCGAUACAAUGUCGUUACAUGCUGCCGUCAAUGGCAUGUGCUCUCGCCAGCGCCCUACGUGGAUGAAACACCGUAAAAACAAAGAACUCAGAGAAAAGCUCGCUAACGGACCGGAUCCACAACUCGCCAUUAUGGUCGAACAAGCUGCCCAAGAACUCGAGCCAGAGAUUUGGGUGGACCACAGCUCUAUAAAUUCCUUGAAGGAUGUUGCAAUGUUUCAUUGCAAUAUUCAAGUUUCAAAGGAAACCCGGGACAUGAUGGGCGAAAUGAUGAAGGUGGAGGACCUAGUCCCGAAGCUACAGGAGUGCCUAGCAUACUGCGCUUACGAUGUCAAAGUCACACACGAUGUCUAUAAGAAAGUUCUCCCACGGUUUCUCGAAACAUGUCCUCACCCCGUCAGCUUCUCGGCUCUUCGACAUAUGGGCUCUUUAUUGUUACCCGUCAACCAGUCCUGGUCGAACUACAUUGCAAAUUCUGAGGCUAUAUAUAAUGGACUUGUGACCAAAGUUAAGAAUCAUCUUGAAUCUUUAACGGAACAGGCGGCAGCCCUUAGCUUUGGUCUGAUGUCUAAAGGGCCGAGGACAGUUAUCGGCGAUCGCAUCAAACAGCUGGGUGAGGAAUUGGCUGAAGCCAGCGCAGUUUAUGGCAAACUAGUGGCAGAGGAAAAUGAACUGCUAGGGAAACCCAAGAGGGGACGAGCGAGUAAGGCAUCUAAAACUCAAGCAGAUGCAGACGCUAAGACUGGGGCGGAAACUCGACUUGAGGUUGAACCUAGUCUCAUAGAAUUGCCCCCAGUGGCUGGACCUUCGGAAACAAAACAACGGAGGAGAACCGCAAAGAAGGUGGAGAAGCAAGAUGAUAAUGAUUUGAAAGAAAAGACGGAGGCUCUGAAGAGAUUAGGGAAGAAUAAACUCAAGGCAACAAAAAGAAUCGAUACGAUAGCAAAGGAGGCCACAACCCUCCAGAAGCAACUAGCCGACGACAAGAUCCUAGCGGAUCGGAAUAUUGAAAAUAUCCAGCAAAACCCAUGGUCCAAGGAAAAUGCUUGGCUCAGCCAGCUAGACUGGGGGGGAAGGGAGGUCCGAUAUAAGAAGCAAAAGAAGCCUACCGACCCUCUUGUUCCCUAUGCGAAACAAAAACUACCCGGUUACCCAAACUGGUAUAAAGAUCUCUUCAAAACUUCCACUGACAUGAGCAUAUCAGUCCGGACUCGGGUCUCAGCGUUGAUGUUGAGGCUUCAAUGGGAUGGUUAUCCAUUGGUUUGGACGGAUAAAUAUGGAUGGACCUUCCGAGUGCCUAAUUCCGAGGUUUAUAAAUACACAAAUACGCCAAUGGUUCAAUGCGAUGUGCUGGACUUGAUCAACGAACCAAACCCGCACGUUGCAACCGAUAAUCAAGCUGUAUACUUCAAGCUUCCUCACAAUGGAGGGAAAGAUGCAAGAUGUGUUAAUCCUCUCGCGAAGAGCUACCAAAGGUACUUUGAAGACGGAGUUUUGACUUCUGAGUUCCCUCAGGCUAAGGAGGCCCUUGAUAUGAACGCCGCGUGUUCAUACUGGAUCAGUGCUCGUGAGAGAAUCAAGUCACAGUUUGUUGUUUGGGAGGACAAGGGGAUCGGUAGGGACAUAGGCUUCGAAUCGCUAGAAGACUCCAAGAUUUCACAAAGUAGACUAGCAGCGCAUGCAGUGAACCUCGCUACAGAACCGGGCUCCGAACAAAGUGAUCAGAACGAACUCGGGUUGAUAUUACCCCAAAUCGUUACAAUGGGAACUAUUACAAGAAGGGCCAUCGAAAACACUUGGUUAACUGCUAGUAAUGCGAAGAAGAAUCGAGUCGGCUCUGAGCUCAAGGCGAUGAUUCAAGCACCCCCAGGUUACUGCUUUGUUGGUGCUGAUGUUGACUCGGAAGAACUUUGGAUUGCUAGCUUGAUUGGCGAUGCUGAAUUUAAGAUGCACGGAGGCAAUGCAAUUGGUUUUAUGACGCUCGAAGGCUCAAAAGCUGCCGGAACGGAUAUGCACUCCCGAACAGCAUCUGUAUUGGGGAUUUCGAGGAAUAAUGCCAAGGUGUUUAACUAUGGAAGAAUUUAUGGCGCAGGACUAAAGUUUGCGGCCAGUCUCCUCCGACAAUUCAACCCAAAUGUCAACGAAUCACAGGCGAAUGAAAUUGCGGGGAAUCUCUAUGUUGUUACUAAAGGCAUCAAGACAACAAGGAAAUUACUCUCCGAUAAAGCUUUUUGGCGUGGGGGCACCGAAAGUUUUGUUUUCAACAAACUGGAGGAGUUUGCUGAACAGGACUUCCCCAAAACGCCAGUCCUCGGGGCAGGGAUUACAGAAGCAUUGCAAAAGAAUCACAUUGGUAAAGGUGCUUUCUUGACUUCACGAAUAAACUGGGCAAUCCAAAGUUCUGGUGUCGACUACCUGCACCUACUCAUCGUUUCCAUGGACUAUCUCAUUCAACAAUACAAACUCAAUGCCCGGCUUAUGAUAACGGUACACGACGAAAUACGAUAUAUAGUUCAGCUAGAUGAUCGGUAUAAAGUUGCCAUGGCUCUCCAAGUCGCCAACAUUUGGACCCGGUCUAUGUUCUCUCAACAAAUGGGAAUCAACGACCUACCACAGUCAUGUGCAUUCUUCUCUGCGGUCGAUAUCGAUCAUGUUUUGCGAAAAGAAGUCGAUCUUGAUUGCGUAACACCAUCCAACCCUGACAAAAUCAAAUCUGGGGAGUCUGUUGAUAUGGAAGGUCUUAUUGCAAAAGAAGAAGCCCAGCUACCGCUUGGGAAAGAGACUAUCGUUGCUGAGAAGCUUGCAGCCAUCAAGUACACGCCUCGUGUACCGAUUUUGGAGCAACUUGCUCAACAAACCCAGUCUAAUAUUUACCAAAUGAAGGCCCAAAUCGCUAAAGAUGAAAAAGAUUUGACAAGGGUCAUAAAAGAGCUGAAGAUAGAGGCCCCGGAGUUGAUGAGAGAUACAACUAAGGGGAAAGGGACAGUGUAUGAUCCUUAUGCUUGGAGUGACGAGGGCGUCGAUACAUGGGAUCUAAUAAAUUUGCAGGGGCUUCCAGUAAAACAUAGUACUAAACAGAAAGACUACGGGUGGAAUAUUCCCGCAAUGUCAAAACCUCAAUCAAGCCCGAAGAAAAGCAAGCCAUCUCAAAAGCGAGCCGCUAAGAUGUGA